AUGACGACGUUCCUCACCCCGCAUUUCAGCCGCCGGGUGCUGUUUCUGAACGUCCACCCCGAGCUCGACGACCCCGGGUGUGGGCCCAUAUACAACUUGCCGGCGCCGCUGCUGAGGCCGCCGGCGCAGCCGAUGACGAUGGUCAACCUGGGGAUCGAGUUCAACCAGCGGAUGUUCGACAAACUGCUGCCGUUCGCUCCCAAGCUGCCCCCGCUGGCGGCGACGGGCCACGUGCUCUCGCUGAGGCGCAAGCGGCUUAAGCUUCCCGACCCACCGAAUAAGCUGAUCUUGAAGAAUAAAGUGAGCCCGGAACAGUUAUUGAUUAACGAAACGACGAUUAACUUCCACGGCGACUUGGAUGAACUAGCGCUGUUCACCGCGGCCAAUAUCGAUAAUGUCGCGAGUUCGAGUAUGAACGGUGCCAAUGGCGACGGGGUCACGGCUCCACCGAGACGUAAGCUGUAUGCCGAAAUGACCGACGAAGAGUUGAUGCAAUUAGACCCCCAGUACGCUCAGAAACUGGUCAACGUGUCCCAGUAUAAGUUUGACUCUAAACUGGGGUUCUAUGCCGGUACCUCCAAGACCAAUGCGGAUCCGGCCUACCCGACGGCCAAAUAUGCCCUGCUGGGAGUCGAUAACUAUAAGCUGGUGCUGCUCACGGUGAAACACAAUGGCUACGAACAGUGUACCACUAACCGCACCAUCCUCGCCUAUAUCUCGGGCCGCCGCCACCUGUGGAACGGGCUCGACUGGAUGCUUAGUUACAACCAACCCGUCACUGACCUGGAGAUUUUCCUCACUCACGGCGACUAUUUGGUGGUGGCAGCUCUAAUUCCGCAACGGUUUAUUACUGACCACGCUAAGCUUAAUAAGCGUAACCGCCUCGAAGAAGUGCUUCACGAUAAGGGGAACCAGAUCCUCGAACACUUACUCACGCUGCCGUUACUCUCUCAACACGAUUUACGCCUCAAAAUUACCGUGGAACUUAUCAUGGACAACGUCAUCGCCGAUACCCCUACUGUCCGCAAUAAGAAGCCCCAGGGCAACAAGUACGCCUUGGGCAACUUGUACCGCCAGUACCACCCCAACAUGUUGGUCAUGGGCACUAAACUGGCCAAUUUUAACUUCAAAUACCCCACUCAACGGAAACAGCUGGCACGUGACGAGUACUUGGUGAAACUCACCAGUUACGUGAUGAAGUACUCGGUGGUACCCGUACUCUUAGUGGGACCAUCUACUAAGUGGCACAACGCGCUGGCCUACGAGAAACGGCGGGCCCUGACGCUGUUGAAAUUUGCUGGCGAUAGUCGGGGCCGCCUGACUCACCGGGAAAUGAUCCCCGAAACGUCAUCGCGGUCGCUGCUGAUUGCUCUGCUGGACCUGGUGCUCUCGGCAGUGCUGUUUACGGGGCUGGACCUCGUCAAGGAGAAACUGCUUCCCGAACAAGUGGACCAGCUCUGGCACCUGAACUCACCCAACCGGUUUGCCGAUGCCCUUGCUUUAGUAUCUGACCGAGCCUGGGACGAUGCCCACGGCUACUUGACGGCUGUGUCCUCAAAAGGCGAGAGCAGCUUACCCAUAGAUCUGCGCAUCCACCAGAUCUAUAGGUCGCAAACUACCAGUGGCUACGUCAUGGGCGGCACUCCCAUCGGCACCAGCCAGCUGCCGUCUCACCUGAGGGAACUGGGCGUCGGCGGCUCCGUCAAUGGUGGUGGUUGCGAAGUGUAUAAGGUGAAGCUGAUGCUCGCCGCUGACCCACCUAAACCAAAGAAGACGAAACCGGCACUGUUCCUGGUGCCGCUGACGACGAUCACCCCUGCGGAGAUGAAGAAACGGUCGAACCUGAUGACGCUGGCGUCGUCGCUGCUGGAGAAGGAGAAGAAGCUGACCUCGAUCUGGAAGAAGCUCGGCCUCAAGAAGUAG